GGUGUAUCACAAGGAAGAGGGUCCUCAACGGGUGAGUUUUAGUAGUUAACUGUACCUUUGUGCAAUAAUGCCGUUCAUUGAUUUAGAGACCAAUUUACCUGCAAGCAAGUUUCCAGAAGACUUUCUGAAAAGACUAUGUACUACGACAGCUUUAGCAUUAGGAAAACCAGAAGACCGGAUAAACUUGGUUGUUAAGGCUGACCUACCAAUGCUAAUCGCAUGCUCUUGCUCCCCGUGUGUGAUGCUGUCCGUGUGGGCCAUCGGAGUGACUGAUACUGCGGACAAAAAUAAGGAACACAGCGCCAAAAUCUUCCAGUUCCUGACAAGAGAGCUUGAUCUUAGCGAAGACCGCAUUGUGAUCAGGUUCCACCCUCUGGAGCCCUGGCAGGUUGGAAAGAAGGGAACAGUGAUGAGCUUCCUGUAAAACUACACACUUUCUUUUAAAGUAAAUUCUCAUAUGUUUGGGAUUCAAGCAAGGUGGACUAAAGAAUCGGGAUAAAUUUUAUGUCUGUGUGUAAGAUUAAAGUUUGUUUUAAGGGAUGAAAAACGUUGGAUUAAAAUAUUCUACUUUCUAAAAAAUGAAAUGUAUUUGUUCAUGUGAUAUGUUUUAAACCAUUAUUA